AAAAGGCAAAUAAUUCAAAGCCUAUAAAUAAAAAAAAAUGAAGAGCAUUUGAAAAGUGGCUUAGAAUUGGUCAUUGUAUAACUUACUAAAGGUUUACUUACAGGUGAACGUCCCCUUUAAUGUCAGCAUGAGGCUCUGUGUGACUGAUGUGUAUAAAUAACGUAUUUAUUCCCCAGCUCUCAGCACACUGACUGUAUGUUCCACUAGAGGGGAGGCUUCCCAAGGUGGGGCCCCGGGUCCCUCGGGGGUGUGUGUCACAAUGAUGAGCAUGGAUACAAAGCAAGUGGCUGACAAGAUCCUCAAUCUCACCCUGGAGACCAUUUUCUUCCUGACUGGAGAGGAUUAUGUUGUGGUGAAGAAGCAGAAGGAGCCAAAUAAAAAGAGCGUCAGUUCCUGUGUAUCAGAGGGGAUGUGCCAAGUGAGGAAUCCUAUCCCAGCCCCUCCCCCAAACUCCCAGAUCCAUGAGAAGAACAUUCUAGCGCUCACUCACACUAUUGUCCACUUACUGACCGGAGAGGUCCUUAAUCGCUGUAAAGAUGUCUCUUUUGGCUUCACCAUGGGAGAGCAAAGACAGCAAUACCAGAUGGAGAGUCAGCAGAGCCCCCUGCCAGACCAUGACUGUAUAAAUCCUGAGAUCACCCGGAAUGAGAGAGAUUUGGAAUGUGAGAGAGACUGUACAGAUCCUCCAGAGAGAGAAAUGCCCCCGGCUCCCCCUGCAGGAGAAUCCAGGGACACAAACGCUCCACUUACAACUCCCAGGAACCUUUAUGUACAAGAGUUUCCAGGGGAAGAGAAUAGGGUGACGCAGGAAUAUCAGGUUAAACAAGAGGAUGUGACGCAGCAGUGCAACAAUGAGCAAAUCCCUACAAAUAUACACAAUACAGAGGAAUCAAGUGACAGUAACUCACCACUCACAACUCCCAGGGACCUCUAUGUACAAGAGUCUGCAGGGGAAAAGAAUAGGAUAACGCAGGAAUAUCAGGUUAAACAAGAAGAUUUGGCCUUCCCACAGCAGGGCGACUAUGAGCAAAUUCCUGCAGAAAUCAGCACAGCAGGCAGCUGGGAAUUCCCCCCGGAAGAGCAACGUUCUGCAUUGGAAUUCCAUGUGAGCAAUGAUCAAGGUGCAUAUGAUGUUGGUGAGAAGGAACCUACAGAAAGUGAUCCAGUGAGACUUUGUAACAAUAAUUAUUCCUUCUAUGAAGAAUUCCGUCUCCUCGACACUCCCAGAGGCCCAACGGGAAGAGAGUAUUCACCUUUCCUCUUUAAUAAACCAGCCGAUUACGCACAGAAACUUAAAGCCAACGGGGAAAGGGAGAAACCGUAUUCAUGUCCUAAAUGUGGAAAAGGUUUUGCGGAUAAAUUGUCUGUGGUGAAACAUCAGAAGCUGCACAAGGGCCCCUACUCUUGCUCCCAGUGCGGCAAAGGUUUCAACUCAAAGUCAAACCUAUUUGUGCACGAGAGAAGUCACGCCGGCGAGAAACCCUUCAGCUGCUCCGAGUGCGGAAAGUGUUUCGCCCACAAAUCGACUCUGGUUAAACAUCACCUGUUCCACAUGGGAGCCUUCACCUGCUCUGAAUGCGGCAAAAACUUCAGCCAGAAAUCCAAUCUAUUAGCCCAUCAGCGGUGUCACACCGGCCACAAACCCUUUGUCUGCUCUGAGUGCGGCAAGUGUUUCAGCCAAAACUCCAACCUGAUUACACACCGGAGAAUUCACACGGGGGAGAAACCAUUUGUCUGCUCUGAAUGCGGCAAGUGUUUCUCUAAAUGCGCCAGUCUCCUCGAGCAUCACCGGACUCACACUGGAGAAAAGCCUUACGCCUGCUCCGAUUGUGGCAAAGCUUUCGCCCGAAUGACAAACCUUGUUACACACCAGCGGAGACACAAACAAGGACUGUGACUUCACUCCUUCCACACGUUCUCUCUAAAUUCUACACCAGGUUACGCUUCAGUCGUGCGCCUUCCAACUUCUUUCGGCUGUAGAUCCAGGUGUCUGUGCAACACCACAAAAGUCACCAAUUUCAAACGCAGGAAUCAAACAGCCGUAAGGCAGGAUUUACUAAACUGCAAGUGUUAUUUUAUUAGCAGUGUGAGUACAAUCCGGGGCAGAUUUAUCAACGGUCAGAUUUCAAAUUCAUAGGAGUAUUUUCUAGGAAUGCAGCCUUUUCAGCAGGAUUCCGAUUCAGCCAAAUCCUUCUGCCCGGCCGUAACUGAAUUAACAAUUCCCUAGUCGAAUUUGACAGUUUUGGCCAUUAAAAAAAUUGAAUUUCAUUUUCAAUUCCACCCUUGAUAAAUCUGCCCAUACAUGUUUCAGGCCCUUGAGAAAGGGCUUGGCCCGAAACAUGUAGGGGCAGAUUUAUCAAGGUUUGAAUUGAAAAUUCGAAGAAAAAAAAAAAAAAUAGUCCAAAUUCGAUUCGAAUUUGAAAAGAAAAUUAAAGG